AUGGCUCGCCGUCUCGUCCUCUCGUUCUUUUUGGCUUCGGCCUUCCAUUCUUUUGAUGUUCUUGCUGGACCCUGUCGACCGAGGGGUACCACUGCGAAUGCUGUGACUUCAAUUGCUGCGACAAGCGGUACAGCUUCGGACGUCUCUGGGAUAUUGACGAGCAAGGCUACGGAUGUCUCAACAAGCUCGUUGACAGCCUCAAGCGAUGCGUCCAAGAGUACUGCGACAACUGGCCUUGGGGAAAGCCUUACGGAAAGCCUGUCGCUAAGUGUACCAAACAGUCUUGUCACGGAUGUUACAUCAGGCUUCCCUGGGAGUUACUCGAGUCUACCUACCAGUCUUGCGACGACUUUGACUGCCAUUCUAUCAGAGAGUCUGUCGCUGAGCCUUCCCACGAGUCUUGCUACGACUCUGACAACUAGUGGAGAGACGAUUGCUUCAACCAGUGACCUGGCGGCUACCAGUCGCGCGACAACCGAUGCCGCGACUGAUGCUACCACUGAUGCUACCACGGGAGCGACAACCGAUGCUUUGACAGGCUCAGCUACCACAGGUGAAGAGACAUCCGGUUCAUCUACUGGGCUUACUGCUUCGAACAGUGAUGUUACAAGUGGUACCAUCGUGCAAUCGGUCACAAGAACCGCGACAGAUGCUGCGGUUACCACCGAUGAGAAUGCAUCUGGGUCAACUACUGCCCAGUCGACGACCGAACUCACCAUGAAUUCGGCCACAACAAAUGAGGCGACUGCUGAUACAAGUACUACGCCUACGACCGAAGCCACAAGUGAUACCGCAGUACAAUCGUCAACAGAUGCCACAAUGGACUCAGCUACCACCAGCGAAGAGGCAUCCGGUACGGCCACUGCGCUGACAACCGAUACCACGAGUGGCGCUGUCUCUGAGUCUGCGACGGGCUCAGUUACUUCGGAGGAAGAAACAUCUGGCACAGCCACUGGCCUUGCGACUGGUGCAACGAGCGAUAUCACAGGCUCGGUUACUACAGAUGCUAUUACAGAUGCCGCCACUGAUCUGACCACUGGCGCUACUACCGGCGCAUCUACAGAGACUGCCUUGGGUACAACAACCGGGUUCAUUACCGAUUCCUCAGCGGCCACUACCAACAGCGGCUCUACAGACACAAGUGCCGAAACGACGGCAGAGACUGCCACAGGGACAACUACUGGAGCUAUCACGACAGGCACCACAGACUCGACAUCAGUUCCUACAACUACUAGCCUCGCUUAUUGUGAUAACGAUGAGUGGCUCAAUGAUGCCCUCAUUGCCUCAUUCAGCGCCGACAAGAACUACGCUGAGGAUGUGUGUACCGCUGCGAUCCAGCCUGUCACGACUAUCACUGCUACAACUGGGACGGCCGAUCAACCCGAGACGACCACGACCGAGAUCAUCCCCGUGACCGAGCGCCACGACGGCGAGACCAAGAUUGUUAUCGAUGCACCCUCUACCGACUACAUCGCGGGCGCCGACAAGACUGUCACUGCUGUUCGCCGCGGAGACACUAUCGACAUCCUGGAGCCCAAGACCAUUUACAACACCGUUGGAAGGACAACCAUCAAGCUUCCCACUGCUUACGAGACGGUAUUCACCACUGAUGUUGACUACAUCGGCACCACUAGUGUGGAGACGAUCCUUGACGUAGAGACUCAAACGACGCUCGUUAUCACCGAUACCGUUGAGAUUGCCACUUCCACUGGUACAGAUGUCGUUACCGAGACUAUCACCAGCGUCGAGAGCAUCCCCACGACGUCAACAGAGUAUGUGGUGACUGGCACUGACAUCAAGUUUGCGCCGCGCAUGAGGGUCUAUGUGACCAAGUCGCGCACUUUUGUCAUUUACGCCGUCCCGUCUACUCGUCUGCAUACCGUGUAUACGACUACCGAUUACCUCACUUCGACUUGGACGACAGUUACGGUGCAGUCAACAGAGAUCGAUCACACGACUGUUCCUACGACUACACUUGACGUUACUACCGCUGCCACCACGGUUGAGGAGACCAUCGUUACGUCCACUGAAACCGACCAUGCUACUAGCACCAUUACUACUAAUGAGUGGACGACGGAGACUUCUGUUUCCACCUCGAUUCACACCAAGAUCAGCAUCUGGAAUGAACAUUACUUCCCCUGGCUCCAGAACAGAAAGCGCGCCGCUGCGACUGCUGCCCUCGACCCUCGCGCUGCCGACCCCGUCAGCCCUGAACAAGGCUGGCUCAAUGAGUUUGGCGAGGCGCAUUUGACCAGCGCAUGUUCCUGCAUUGUUGAAUUCCCUCUUCCCACUCUGACGGUUUACGCUGCCCAUACCGACACAGCAUCAGCCGAUUACAGAACGAUUACUCUAAGGUCUACUACAAUUGACAAAAUUUAUGGCGAUACUGUCACUCUUACUCUCACUACUCCCGCCACUGUCUUUACUCACAAGACCGUGACGGAGACAGUCGUGGUGGAUGGAACUACAACGGUUGAGACGCGCACUGUUCAUGAGGAUGUCACUGAGACAGUCUUCUCUACUCCUACUGCCCAGGAACUUGUCACCAAGGUUGUUUACAACGACGACGUCAAGGAAGUUACCAAAGAGAUUGCCGUUACAGACAAGGUAACUCUCUAUGGUGUCGCUACUGGAUAUACUUGGGUUGAAGUGAAGCGAACGCAAGAUCUCUGGGACAUUCGCAGCAAGCUUGUCACGGUCGGCAAGACCAUCGACAUCGCUGAGACGUCUACUGCUACUCUCCCACCAACCACUGUGGAAACUACUGUGGAGGUUACUUCAACUGCGCUGUCAACCGCCGACGAGACCAUCUACGAUGCUUUCACCAAAGUUGUACCUGUAGCUGUCACCGAUGUGAAGAAGUUUACAUACACCGCGACUAUCUUUACAGAUGCUACAUCAACUUACUCGAUUGACGCCACGCACACCGUCGGCACAAUCGCAACUACCACACUUACCACGUUCACCACCGUCAAGAAUGGAGUUACUUCUACCGUCACCACAGUCCUAUCCACCGACGUAACCGUCACAGCCCAAGCCAUCGCCACAGAGACGUGCAGCAUGCCCAUCGCCGACGGCGACUUCGAGUUCCGCCCCGGCACAAGCCCAUGGUACAAGUCGAUUUACUCCUACUACGACUGGGACAAGGUCGACCUCGGCGCGCCACACAAGAAGGUCAUGCAGACCAACAAGCUCUACGACAACAAGGAGUUCCUCGCCUACCAGGACGUCAAGAGCUGCAAGGGUGUCACUUUCCGCUGCGGCUACGAAUACUACUUCGACAAGUACUACCGGAUCUCGCUUAAGGACAAGAGCACCAAUACGUACAACUGGUAUGUUCCGUAUCUGCGCAUGAGCUGGAACAACGACUAUGAGUACAUGGCUGAGCGGUGGCCGGAGAGCUCGAGUGAUGCGAAGAAGUGGAUGUCAGCGAACAUCGAGUUUACGACGACGGGCAAGUGGGAUACUCUUUGGAUCUACGCUGCAAGUCCUCAGAGCCAAUUAAGUAUCGAGGACAUUAUGGACCUGUUGGCGGAUUCCAGUCUUGAUGAGCGUCUAUUGUAG